CCAAACACACACAUGCACGCAAACACACACUCGCACACACACACACUCACACAUUGUUUAGCAUUUUAAUAUAAAUUAAUAUAAAUUUAUUUAAGUAUUAAAACUCCGGACCGGAGUGAAUUGGGAGUGAAAUAAAAUCCGCGUCACUCCGAGAUCACUCCGCUAAAAAAAAACUCCCAAUUCACUCCGCAUGCGGAGUGAUUUUUUUAAAAACUCCGGAACUCCGAGUGGCGGAGUGAAUGCGGAGUGAAUUCGGAUUUAAUUUCACUCCGAAUUCACUCCGGAUUUUUUACAGUGUAUAAAUUAAUUAAUUAUUAUUAUUGUAUUUUAAACCCCAGUAAUUCAUUUACUCGAAAUUAGGCGAAAAUAUUCUAUGGAAUUUUAAAUUAAAAAAAAAAUUUUCGCGGUUUGGGGAAAUUUAUCAGUAAAGUGUGUAAUUGGAGCGGUAAUUAUUUAAUUAAUUUUUGGGAAAUAUCUAGGAACAAUCAGUUGCAGCGACGACAUAUCAUGUCUACUCGCACGUGAUUAUUUUCUCUUUUCAUUUAGUUGGAGGAUCGGAAUGACGUCGUCAUUCUAUUUGCGAUGCGGUAGACGACAACGAUAUCUUUAGAGUCUUACGAUACAUGAAUAUAUGUAAAUAUAUAUAAAUAUUCUGAUAUGUAUAUAUAUAUAUUUAGGUUUGUGAUAUAUGAAUGCGUCUGAUACUCGUUGAGUUUCGACAGUUUCUUGAUGUAAAAAAUUAACAUUUUUUUUUAUUUUUAUAUAUAUAUAUGUAUAUUGUGAGAUUAUUAUUUCAAUCUGUUUACAAACUUGUCUGUCUAAAAUUUAAAGUGAUGCUGAUAUUCAAAACAUGAGAUUAUAAAUUUUUGACAAGGUCAUUUUAUGGACGAAUUCUAAAAUAAAAUAGCUUUUAUUGUCUGUACUUGAAUUAUUACUUUCGCUAUGCUCUCUACUUACAUUCAUCGUAUUUAAUUUUUUUUUUUUUUUAGAAACGUAGAAUUAGAUAUUUUAAUUUCAAUUGUCGCGAGCUAUGAACUCAGUUUGGAGCAAGGCCAGAAUAAAAAAAUUUUCGUGGAGAUACAAUUGAUUUAUAUUUAAAAAACUUGAAAAUUCUGAGUAAUUUAUAAAUAUGUUCGUAGUAAGUAAAUUUGUUAAUUCUAAUUCUUAGAUAAUUAAAUUAAUUAUUGUCAGGAGAUUGAUUUUUAGAUUUCAGAUGUCAAAAUACACCCGAAUUAACUUAUUUCUCGAAAAGUUAAAUCUUUUAAUACUCUGGGAUUUAAAUUGUCCCGCGUAAAUUAUUACCAAUAAUUCAACCCGUUUUUCAAGAUAUAAAUAUAGGAAAUAAUGAUCGUUAUUUACGAUUAUUGUACUUUUUUUAUGCAAUGGAAAAAAUUAUUUUAUAAUUUGGAUUUUCCAAGAAAAUCGAAUGCUCUGAAUACUGAACUAAAAUAAAAAUCUUCAUUACAUAACCGCUUAAAAAUAACCUCGAUUGUCAAAAUUGUUUAAAAUUAUCCGGUGUUAAUUUUUUCGUAGAACUAAAUAUUAAAAAAAAAAAGAAAUUGCAAUGAACCCUUACGCGAUGUGCAAUUUGUACAACAAUUCGUACCCUUGUGGCUGCACUAAAUCAAAUAAUAAUCAGCUCAGAAAUAAUUACGAGCCAGCAAAUAAUUUUUCUUACGAGUGGAGCCGACUGGGACCGAUGGGAGGACUCGUGGAGCCAAAACUAAUUUAUGUACCUCCAGAUCCUUCUGCAGACAUCGAAAUAGAAACAAACAUUAGAACUAAAAUAUCACAGCAACCGAAACUGGGGAUUGUCAAUCAUAUGCGAAGUGAAUUUUCACCAUUACCACCACCAGAUUUAUUACGUCGCAUUAAUGAGGAACGACUGCGCACGACCUAUCAAUCAGAUUUUUGUAAUCUGGACAACUAUCCACUGAUAAGCGAUUACAGUAAUUGGAUCUACAAUAGUAAUAAUAAGGCAAGAUUGUCCAACAUGCAGAGAAAAGAAUCUGAAGAGAUGAUCGAGUGUCGGCCGCAGCCGAAACCGCCGUAUCUCGGCGGCCACCAAAUACCCGGGAGAGCUCCCCGCGAUUUCAGUUUCGGGGUGCGGGAAAAAAAAGCAAAUGCUCGCAAGCGCACGAGUCAGACUAGCGGUCGUCCAUCUCGCGGAUCUAAAGAUUUUUAUAAAGACGAAGUAGAUAAGUCACAGUUGGAUAAUCCUAGGAAAAGUUUUGCCGAAAAUGAGGUAGAAGUUAAUUCAAAAUUUUAUGAAAACACGGCUGCUAGUUCGCCGAGGCAUUCUAGCAACGGUCUAGAUGAUGAGUUUUCUUAUGACAGCGGUAAAAAAAAUAGCUUUGAUAAUUACGAUAACAAUAAUGGUUCCAAUAAUAGCAAUUAUGAUAACAAUAAGAAUAAUAACAAUAGUAUUGAUGGUAGUGGGAGUAAAAUAAAAAAUUUAAAUAAUGACACUUACGUAAAUUUGAAUUAUUCAAACCGGAAACGGAGGUACACCAUAGACUUGGGCAGUGAAAAUUUCGAUAUUAAUUUAUUGCCACUGCCUUGGACGAGCGAGUAUCAGGACACGAUAAGCGGAACUGCUGACGAAAUUUUGAGAACAAAACUACACUACUACGGAAGGUUGCGACUUUUACCAGAACACAUCGCUUACAAAAAAAAGCAAGCGGACAAAAAAACUAAGGAUAAGAAAAAACAAAAAUAAAAAAUUACCAUGCAAA